UCAGUGGGAUUAAAGGUUUACUCUUCAUGUUUGUGGCAGACCCUCUUUUUCAUUAGAUAUAUGAUUAAUGAAUAAUCAAAAAUAAAAUUAAUGACUAUACAUGCACUAAACAAAAGCUGCUAUAGAAUCUUAGUUUUUCUUGCCCAAGUUUUGCUAUUACACAAGUGGGGAGAAUAAAUAUUGCGAGUUUCAGGUUUGCCAUUAUUUCCCCCUACCUUUAGGACCUUUGCUUGCCUUUCUCCAAAACAAGGGCAGAUUAUGGUCAAGUAAUAGAGUUCUUCAGUUAUAUAGUACCCUUUCUCAUGAUCGCUAUGUAUCCAGAGAGUGCAGAAACCUUCAUCUAAAUACGAUUUUAGAGCAAAGUCAAGCUGCAAAAUGUUUCUUCUUUAAAGUGACGAACAAGCUAGGGAAAACUCCGAGAGAGAAGAAAGACAUGGUUUCUGAUUUCUUUGAUAUGCAUGCUACUUUGAAGUCGAGACCAGGAAGUGAAGAGAGAAUAUAACUGAGGAAAAUAGAUAAGUAAAGGUAAGCAAGGAGGUUUUCGUGGGUGAUUCUUUCAGUAGAAAGUGAGAGGUUAUGAAAUCAUCCCAGUUAAUUUAUUAGGCUUUUCUAUGGAUUUUCAAGUCUAAGAAGUUACAUAAUGGAGCGUGGAAAUCUCAACCUCCAGCAUCAGUUUCAAGAACAGUUUACAGGAUAUUAUUCUUCUUUUUCAUCACAACCUGCUGAAUACAGUAAGGUUUCAAGCAUCAGUGACUUGAACCCAGAAGCUGCAGGCAUAAUUUUAAAUAUUAGCAGUAAUACCCACAACAACUAUCUAACUGACUGCAUCCCGAAUUCAAGUGUGUCUUUGCCACCUGUUUCCAUGACUCAAGGAUUGAGUUUCUGCCACGCAUCUAGUUUCAACCAACAAUCUGCAGCCGGUGAAUUGCUUCUGGGAAAGACCAAAGAAGAGUUCCCAGACUCUUUUUGCAAGCUGAGUGACAUGAUGCACACUAGCUCUAAUGUAGAGGAAACAGAUUUUAUGUCAUCAAAAUACGAACACCAAAAUUCUCAUGAUCUAGGUGAAAAUCAAUGGUCUCCCAAUAGCUUUUCUUCUCUUCAACAUAUUUUCUAUUCUAAUGCUCAAAAUGCAGAAAAUCUGCAGAAUCUAUCUGCUUGUAGAAGAUAUAAUUUUAGCCAUAUCUUGCCAACUAUCAAUAUCUCAAAGUCAGAUUUGUGUUCUUCAUUAGUAUCAAGUUCUUUGGACUUGAACAUACAAACCAUGGAUCUCUUAUCAACAAGUACUUAUGAUGGUGACACCAGUUCUAGCCAGUCUUCAGAAAAUACUCUCGAUCAUUUCAUGCGAGAACUUAAAGAUAGCCCUUCAAAUAGCUACAACAAUACAUCAACAUUUGAAGAUGGAUAUGGGAGAAAAAAGAGACCUAGCAGUGUUUCUCAGUUAAAUAACUUCCUUGCUGAAGCUAAGAAGAAUCGGCCCGCGCCACCAUCCUGCCCAACUUUGAAGGUCAGGAAGGAGAAACUAGGGGACAGGAUUGCAGCUCUUCAGAGGCUGGUGGCACCUUAUGGCAAGACAGACACUGCCUCUGUAUUGACAGAAGCAAUUGGGUACAUACAAUUUCUGCAUGACCAAGUGCAGACAAUGAGCGUACCGUAUAUGAAGUCAUCAAACAUCAAGCCAGCUAGAACGGCGCAAGCGUGUUCAAGUGAGGAAGAUGGGAAGGGACAACAAAAGAGAGAUCUUAGAAGUAGAGGCUAAUGCCUUGUGCCCCUAUCUUGCGUAUCGUUCUUUAACACUUGCGAUGGCGACAUCUAAAGAUCCCCAAGGAAAUAAUUGAAGAUGGAAUAUGAGAAGGAAGUUUGAUGACUUCAUGAUGGGCUCAAGGCUGCAAUAAAGAAAGGUUCUCCAUGUGAAAUGUUUAGUUUUAGCAAUGCAAAAUCUAUGAUUCAUAAAUGGAAUGAACAAGUAUUUCUUUUA